UUAGAUUAAGUCCCGCCUGUUUUCAAUCACAGUGGGCAGCUUUGAGUGGCACAAAAAGGUCGAGCAAGGCAUCGGUGGUGACUUCCACUUCCACUUUGGCUGCUGUGACGCGCCGUGCGCACUUCGACGCAGCUCGCAAAAGAGAAGAGCAGGACGCCGCACUCCACCAAAAAAAGAUGAAUGACACGGAUAUUUUUUGCCCAAAGAACUUAACCGAAGCGCCAUGCGGAAACGCAACUCUGCGUCCACUCAGCCACAUCGACAUUGCCACUUUUAUGCACAUUUUCCCGUCCAUUUACGGCAUCCUGUGUUCGGUGGGAGUUCUGGCCAAUGGCUUGGUCAUUUACGCGGUGGCCGCCUGCAAAAAGAAAAUGGUCUCGGACAUCUACGUGUUGAACCUGGCUAUAGCAGACAUGCUCUUCUUGAUGGUGAUGCCCUUCAACAUCCACCAGCUGGUCAGGGACAGGCAGUGGGUCUUCGGGAACUUCAUGUGCAAAGCGGUGGUUGUGGUGGAUGUCAGCAACCAGUUCACCACCGUGGGAAUUGUCACUGUGCUGUGCAUUGACCGAUACAUCGCGAUUGUUCACCCCACCUCAGAGCGGAGGACCAUCCAGUGGACUAUCAUCAUCAACAUGCUGGUGUGGAUUGGCAGCUUCCUGCUCACCGUACCGGUCAUGAUGUAUGCAAAGGUUGUACGCAGACAGCGUUUGGAGAUCUGCAUGAUGUAUCUGGACGGACCGGAGGAUAUGUACUGGUACACGCUGUACCAGUCCAUACUGGGCUUCAUCAUACCCCUGGUCAUCAUUAGCACCUUCUACUCUCUUACGCUGUACCAUGUGUUCAGCUCCAUUCGUCGUGUCAAGCGGAAGCAGUCUGUAUGGGCCAAAAGGGCCACCAAAAUGGUCCUGAUGGUGAUUGCGUUAUUCCUGAUCUGCUGGUCGCCGUACCACGUCAUUCAGGUCAUCAACCUGAGCAACAACUCCCCAACCAUCGCUUUCAUCUACGCCUACAACAUCAGCAUCUGCCUCAGCUACUCGCACAGCUGCAUCAACCCGCUCAUGUUACUCAUCUUCGCCCAGAAUUACCGUGAACGACUUUGUCACAGAAACAGCAUGCAUAGUUUCCAGCAGUCGUCCAAGGUCACUGUGGUCAAAACUGAGGGUUCCAGUGUGGCGGCGGAGAUCAGUUAUCGCUCUACAGCUAUAUGAACUUCACCAGCGUGGACAGCAGUCAACCAUCCGCGGGUGUCUGGAGCCUAUCCCAGCUGAGACAGGCUCCACUCUGAACCGGUCCAAAGCUAAUCAAUUAUUCAUAAGUACCGUAUAAUCCGGACUAUAAGGCAUACCUUUUCCACAUGGUUUGACCGGUCCUGCGACUUGUACUCCGAAGCGACGGGGAGAACCCACACACAGGAAAACACCGUAAACUCCACACAAAGCCAGAACUGGAAAAUGGAGAUAAGAGUGUUGGGUGACUCUCAAAAAAGGACAACCUAAUGAAACUGUGACUAAAUCGGGGAUUCUAGCACUGGUUUCAACUAUGAAGACAAUGGAGCAAGGGACAGUGACUGCAGCUAUGUGACAUUAAAAGUCGAUUAUUUUCAAUAAAUACAUUUAUUUCAUGGUUGGACAUUGAAAGAAGAAUAUAAGACCAGAGGGCAACAUU